AUGGGUUCGUUGUUCAGGAGUGAGGAAAUGCGGCUUUCCCAGCUGCUUUUGCAUAUUGAUUCCGCAUACAUGUGCAUUGUUGAACUUGGAGAAUUAGGUGUUGUACAGUUUCGUGAUAUUAAUGCCGAUCGAAAUAUAUUUCAACGAAAAUUUGUUAACGAAGUUCGCCGUUGUGAUGAAAUGGAGAGAAAACUGAGGUUUAUGCUUAAUGAAAUUCAAGUUAACAAACUCACUCUUUACGAAUGUCAUGAUAUUCCGGAGGCCCCAGCUCCUAGAGAAAUGAUUGACAUGGAGACGACAUUUGAAAAGCUAGAAAAUGAAACAAAGGAAGUUAAUGCAAGCAUCGGAAAUCUUCGUCAAACUUACUUUGAACUUCAAGAAAUGAAGCAUCUUUUACGAAAAACGCAAAUAUUUUUCGAUGAGGUAUUGCGCAUUCGUAUAGCACUUCACACUGCUUCGCUUAGCACUGACGAAAAUUUAGGUCUACUGAGGGAGGAAGGUGGUCAAUCCACGUUUAAUGGUGGUGAUCUUCACUUAGGGUUAGCAUUCGUUGCGGGAGUGAUUUUACGAGAAAUGCUGCCGGCUUUUGAGCGAAUGUUGUGGAGAGCCUGCUGUGGAAACGUUUUUCUAAAACAGGCGGAAAUCGAACUGCCCAUUGAAGAUCUCUUGACAGGCGAAAAAGUUUACAAAACUGUUUUCAUAAUCUUCAUUCAAGGCGAUCAAUUAAAAUCAAGGGUUGCAAAAAUAUGCGAAGGUUUCCAUGCAACGUUAUACCCCUGUCCCGAAUCCUCAGCUGAUAGGCGAUCAAUGCUGAUUGACAUAGUCCAAAAAAUCGAUGAUCUAGAAACCGUCAUGACCCAGACACAGCAGCACCGUCAGCGUAUUCUUGAGGCCGCUGCGAAAAAUCUAAACAAUUGGUUUAUUCGGGUUCGCAAAAUGAAGGCCAUCUAUCACAUUCUCAACCUCUUCGAUCUUGACGUAACAACAAAGUGUAUGAUUGGUGAGUGUUGGAGUGCCGUAAGUGAUCUGGAUCAAAUUAACUUGGCUCUUUGUCGAGGGAUGCAGAAAUCGGGCAGUACCAUUCAACCCAUCCUCAAUGCUCUACCCACCAAAGAUGAACCGCCAACAUUCCAUCGAAAUGACAAGUUCACGGAGGCCAUUCAAAAUAUUAUGGAUUCCUAUGGUGUUGCGAAGUACCGAGAAGUCAAUCCUGCACUGUUUUCACUAGCAUCGUUCCCGUUCCUCUUCGCUGUAAUGUUUGGCGACGCUGGACAUGGCUUGAUCAUGUUUCUAUUCGCACUUGGAAUGAUUAUCUGGGAGAAACGUCUUGAGGCGCUGCACAUUAAGGAAGAAAUAUGGUGCACCUUCUUUGGCGGUCGGUAUAUAGUCGUUCUGAUGGGAGCCUUUUCUAUCUACACUGGUAUCAUCUACAAUGACUUCUUCUCCAAGUCGGCUAAUCUUUUCGGUUCUUCCUGGUAUCCAGAUUAUGAUAAGCAUACCAUAGCAGCAAGACCCUUCCUGCAAUUGGAACCACGCACGUCGGAGAAUAUAACGGAUCAAAUGUACGCAGGCCAACCAUAUCCAUUUGGCGUGGAUCCGAUCUGGCAAAUCUCCAAUAACAAAAUUCCAUUCAUGAAUUCUCUUAAGAUGAAGAUGUCUAUCAUCAUUGCCGUGUUCCAUAUGAGCUUUGGAGUUGUGCUCAGCUUUUUGAAUAACAGAUUCUAUAAUCAGAGAUUGAUGAUUUGGUGCGUAACUUUGCCCCAAUUGCUGUUCCUCGUCUCCAUAUUUGGUUACCUAACUAUUGUUAUCUUCUACAAGUGGGGCGCUUUCACGGCGGAUGAUGCAGCAAACGCACCAAGUCUCUUAAUUAUGUUAAUCAAUAUGUUCAAGUUCAAUUAUGAAGUAAAGGGCGGACCGGGUGACACCUUUUAUUCUGGACAAGCUGCUAUACAAUCGCUUCUUAUGAUUCUUGCAGUGUCCUGUGUUCCAUGGAUGUUUCUGGCGAAACCACUCAUUCUGCGCUGUCGUUAUAAACGCAAUGUAAAAACUUCAAAUCAACCAAAGCCUGCAGAUAACGGAGAAAUCCAGAAGCAAUCCAACGGAAAUUCCGGCGCCCAUGGUGGCCAUGGAGAAGAUCUAGAAAAUUUUAAUUUUGGUGAAUGCAUAAUCUAUUCUGCAAUUAAUACAAUUGAAUACUGCCUCGGAUGUAUUUCUAACACGGCUUCAUAUCUUCGACUUUGGGCGCUGAGUUUGGCUCAUGCUCAGUUAUCGGAAGUUCUCUGGAGCAUGGUGAUGCGAAUGGGCUUGCAAAUUGAUGCUUACUAUGGAAGUGCUAUGCUCUUUCUGAUAUUUGCUGUAUGGGCAAGCCUGACAGUUUUUGUCCUGGUUCUAAUGGAGGGUCUCUCAGCUUUCCUCCACUCUGUGCGCUUGCAUUGGGUUGAAUUCGAAUCAAAAUUUUAUUCUGGAACGGGUUAUCUGUUUGAACCAUUCUCUUUCACAACCUACAUCAACAUUCCUCUCGAUGACCUCUGA